CCCCAGCUGGGUCAGGUUGGGGACCUCAGAUCGGGCUGCUGGAGUCAGGGGGUUCGGGUUGGGCUCUCUAGGCCUGCGGCGAAAUAACCCCGGGCACGGGCCUGCGGGACCCGAUAAGGCUGUGAAGGAGCCUAAUCAUCGGCUGCAGGCGCAGCAUCCACCUCGCAGCGCCUUCUGCAUCUCCCCCGCCCCGCACCGGGGGCUGCAAGCACAGGGAGCCGCCGUGCUUUACUCGGCCUGAUCCCUUCUCUCCCGCAGCCCGGAGGAGGGCCGCCUGACGGCUGAGUUGCCAUGGCAUCCUACUACGAGAUUCUAGACGUACCGCCGAGUGCGUCUGCUGAUGACAUCAAGAAGGCGUACCGGAAGAAGGCUCUGCAGUGGCACCCGGACAAGAACCCAGAUAAUAAGGAGUUUGCUGAGAAAAAAUUUAAGGAGGUGGCAGAGGCCUAUGAAGUACUGUCUGACAAGCACAAACGGGAGAUCUAUGACCGCUAUGGCCGGGAAGGGCUGACGGGGGCAGGAACUGUUCCCUCUCAACCAGAAACUGGUGGGACGGGACCUGGCUUCACAUUCACUUUCCGUAGCCCCGAGGAAGUCUUCCGGGAGUUCUUUGGGAGUGGAGACCCCUUCUCGGAGCUCUUUGAUGACUUGGGCCCCUUCUCAGAGCUUCAGAACCGAGGUUCCCGACCCACUGGUCCUUUCUUUGCCUUCUCUUCCUCUUCUCCUGGCCACUCUGAUUUCUCCUCCUCGUCUUUCUCCUUCAGCCCUGGGGCUGGUGCUUUUCGUUCUGUUUCAACAUCCACUACCUUUGUCCAAGGACACCGCAUCACCACGCGUAGAAUCAUGGAGAACGGGCAGGAACGGGUAGAAGUGGAAGAGGAUGGACAGCUGAAGUCAGUUUCGAUCAAUGGUGUCCCAGAUGACCUGGCACUAGGCUUGGAGCUGAGCCGCCGUGAGCAGCAACCUUCAGGCACCUCCAGGCUGGGGGGCACACAGGUCCGGCCGACCGCUGUGUCCCGUCCCACUGACAGCGACCUUUCUGAGGACGAGGACCUGCAGCUUGCCAUGGCCUACAGCCUAUCAGAGAUGGAAGCAGCUGGGCAGAAGCCAGCAGGUGGGCGGGGGGCACAGCCAGGAUGGCAGGGCCAGUCCAGGGCCCAGCACCAAGACCCUGAUAUAGGAGGCACACAUAAGGGGGCGAGGGGCGAGGCAACCAAACCCAGCCCUUCAGAGGAGAAGGCCUCUCGAUGCCUCAUUCUCUGAAGACCAGGCUGAGCCUGACCUGAUUCAGGGUCUGACCCAGAGUCCAGCUCACUGUAGGGAGUCCAAAAUUGAGUGUGGCCUGAGCUACAGGAUCCCAAACUCUGUCCCUCCACAAGUUUCCUUCCCAGGCUCAUCAUCCUACAGUGUGAACCAGGAAUUUGUUAUGCUCUGUUUGGGGCUGAUAAAUCCCUGGGUAAAGCCCAGGAUUGGGGGUACCAGGGCCAUGAAAGAGCCUGUGGAGCCCAGAGGCACUGGCUGGAUCCGGCACUGCUGAGGGGCAUUAGUGGUUUGGGGUUGGCUAUUGUGUGCCCAAGUCUUCUGCUGCCAUCUGUAUUGCUGAUGCUAUCAAGGAAGGAGGCCUUAGCCUGGCAUGCCCUGAGCUCAGGUUGGCAGCUCCCCUGGGGAGCAGCGCGGGCCGAGCAAGCGGAGCCUCUGCUGUCCACCCCCAGCUGCAGGCCUCCUGGUCUGCGCAGAACUGAGUUCUCACCUGUCAUCGUCUCUGUUUCCCCCUGGUGCUGCUCUCCUCCUGCUCUGCACUCCGCAACUCCCUGUGGCUGCAUCGCUUGCUUUCACUGCUGCUUGGCUAGGACUCCCUCCUCCUCCUCCUCCUUCUCCUCCUCUCUGAAGCCUCAGUGUGCCCAAGGAAGAUGCUGGGGCCAGUGGGGCCGUGAGAUCUUCUGGGGAGGCUAGCUAGGUGGGGUGGAAGCCUCUCAGCCCUCCAGAGUCUCAACCAGAGUCAACUCCUCUUCCCUUCUCCUUGCUGCCUCAGCCUGCCCUGGCCACAGGACUAGGCAGAGGUGAGGCUGGCUGUCCCUGGAGAGGUGGGAUAGGGCCAGGGUGACCCAGUGGGAGGCCUAGGUGGGGGACUACAUCUCUACUACCUGUCCAUCAUGCAUUAGAACACAGGGCUUGGCCUAGGUGUGCAUGCUCGGCUCCACCCCCCCCAUCUGCUUGCAGCUGACCCCUCUCUCCUGUCACCCACCCCUGCUCUCUCCCCAGAUGUGUUCUGAGCUGGAUACCCUGGAUACAGAGCUGCUGCAGUUCCACCAGGACAGCGCCCUCCCCAGUGUGCUAGGA